GGGAGGGGGAGACUCCCGCGCACGUGCCAAGGAAGUGUCAACGUUGAGAGAGAAAAUACCCCCCGUUCCGACGGGCUCAUCUGGCGCCCCGCCCCGUUCCGACGGGCUCAUCUGGCACCCCCCGCUGGGAGAGGGGCGUAACCCCCCCCGUUCCGAUGGGCUCCCGUAGCGCCCCACACCCCAGAAGAGGAGCGUAAACCCCCCCGUUCCGACGGGCUCAUCUGGCACCCCCAACCGGGAGAGGGGCAUAAUCCCCACUCCACCCCGUUCCGAGGGGCUCCUCCGGUGGUCCUCUGCCCCUCAGGGUGAGGGGAAUAACCGCACCCCUUCCAUUUGACUGUUCUGGUGGGCCCCACCCGCCUUUCUCAAAACGAGGAUGACGCCCCUUUCCUUUCCGAUUGACCCCGCCUCAGGAGAACAGAUUAGGGAAAAAAUGAUUUCCGAAAGCAGUUCUUUUGUGAAAGGUAUGGUGUUAGGAGGACUCUUCUGUGUAUUUGUUACACUCAUAGGACAUAAUAAGAUGGGCCAUGGGACUAAAGCACAUCACCAUGAGCAUCAUCAUAUUCAAGCACCUAACAAAGAAGAUGUCUCAAAUCUGUCAGAAGGUGAGCGCAUGGAGCUCAGCCAUAGUAUCCGUGUUUAUUGUAUCAUCCUUGUCAAACCUAAAGAUCUUGGAAAUUGGGCUGCUGUGAAAGAAACAUGGAGCAAACAUUGUGACAAGGCCGAAUUCUACAGUUCUGAAAACGUUAAGGUGUUUGAUUCUGUUGUUCUCAACACAAAUGACAUGUGGGUGAUGGUGAGAAAUGCUUAUAAAUUAGCAUAUGAACGCUAUAAAGAUGAGUACAACUGGUUCUUUCUAGCACAUCCAACUACAUUUGCUGUUAUAGAAAAUCUCAAAUAUUUCUUGCUGAAAAAAGACCCAUCGCAGCCUUUUUAUAUAGGUCAUACUGUAAAAUCAGGAGAGCUUGAGUACGUAGAUGAUGAUGGAGGAAUUGUCUUAAGUAUAGAGUCCCUAAAAAGACUCUCUAAAAUUUUUGAAGAUCCUGAUAAGUGUCCAGAACAGGGAGGCUUGCUUUGGAAACUCUCUGAGGAUAAACAACUAGCAGUCUGCCUGAAAUAUACUGGAGUAUUAGCUGAAAAUGCAGAAGAUUCUGAAGGAAAAGAUGUCUUUAACACCAAAUCAGUUGGUUCUCUUAUUAAAGAAGCAAUGGCUAAUCACCCUCAACAAGUAGUAGAGGGAUGCUGUUCUGACACGGCCAUCACUUUCAAUGGAUUGGCUCCUAACCACAUGCAUGUAAUGAUGUAUGGCGUUUAUAGGCUCAGAGCAUAUGGGCACAAUUUCAAAGAUGCACUGGUUUUCUUACCUCCCGCAGGUUCAGACAAUGACUGAUAUCUUUUCAAAGAAGGCAUAUGUAUUGCAUAGAACAUGCAGUCAGCUGUUAAUGCAUAAUGUGACAUGCAUGUAUACAAGCUGGUGCAAUUUUUGUAUUUGAUGGUAUCUGUGUAUUUUUUGCACAUCAGGGUUUGUUCAUUUUAGUUGUAAAAGGGGGAAUCUCUUUUUUCUAAAACUUUUAUAUAAAAAUGUUUCUGGCUCUUGACUAUGUUGGAAUGAAAAAUGUUAAUGGUAAUGCUAAAAUCUUUGUGUGAUAAAGGAAAUGAAUUUAUAGGGGAUAUUUGUAUGGCUAAAUAUUUAUAAGUGAAAACAAAUGAAUCUUAAUCUAUUGUAAUUUAAAUAUAUUUUUGCAAGAUUUUUUUAUUUUGAACUCUUCCAUGCACUUCUUGAAAAUCUUUAUAUCUUUCUAAGAUGUACAAAUAAAACUGAAAAUACAGAUUUAGUAUUAAAGUACAGCUUUAAGCUGUUUUCUUUACACUAGUGCAUAGAGCAAUUUUUUUUCAGUUUGUUGUAGUCUAGAAUAGAAAUGUCAGUGGCCUGAAUUUUUACACUUUCAGAAAAAUGUAGCAAUAUAAUAUGAAGAAACCUAAUCAACUUCAUAACCAGCUGAAGGCUGCUGUGUCUACUGAUAUAAAGAAAAAAACAUGCAUUUCCUGUUUUACUUUGUACAAGUGCUAGCACUCCGCACAGCUGGGAGAGGAGAGCAUAUCCACUCUCUUCACUACCUUCUGCAAAAGCACGAGUGAAGCUGAAAUUAAGAGGCAGCAUACAGAUGGGUGCAGGAGACAGAGGGAUCAAGCCAGAGGAUAUGACCAAGCAUGUUUGGUAUUGCUGUUGGGACCCAUCUAAAGGAUCCUUCUAACCAUCAGUGGGGGAGGAGAAUCUUCAUGUAAAAGGAAUUUGUUCAGGUAACUCAGGAAAUGUUCCAUUGAACAGAAUUUCUAGCAAUUUCAAAAAAUCACGAUGGCAGUGUACCUUUAAUGUAUUCUCACCCAAAACACUGAAGGUGACAAUAUUGAAAUGCUGCAUCUGAAACAAAAAUAUUCUUUGCUAUAAAUCCAAAUUUGGGACUUUCCUUCUUUCCAUGCCAUAGUAGACAUUACACUACUGUUCACUUCUGUUCUAUAUUACGUACACUGGUUUUAUAUACUUUAGUACCAUACUCAAGCUGGCUAUUUAAGUGUUUACAUAUAUCACUGCUUCCAUGGAAAUAAUUCGGUUAGCACAAGGGAGGGUGUGUGUGUUUUCAGAGAAAAUAUCAACUCCAAUUGUGGAAAAUGUAUUAAAAUUUCACUUUUAUAACAAACUAGUAUUAGUUAGCCAAUUGAAAGUGUCAUAGAAAGGUAGAUAGUGACUCAGUGUAACUAAGUGUGUAGUACAAACAAGUAAGGAGAAGGUUUGUAAUCUGGAAUGACCAGUUAAAAAUUAAGAUGAAAAGGUUUUUUUCAUUCUUUACUAUUUCUAUAGUUAGAAGAGUAUCCCUUUAACUCAUUUAUUUUUUCAAAAAUUGUUACUGUAACAUUAAAAUCUGUUAAGCUGUGGCAGAGGAAGCUUCAGCCAAAGGUAGUUUUAUUAAAUGUGGAUUUACAGUAUCAAAGAAGUCUCUUAUAGAAGAACCAACCAAAACUUGUGGAAGUUAAACAUUUGAAAUACAUAUAUUUAAAACAAA